AUGAAUCCAAUGAGUGUCAAUGGUAAUAAUGGGAAUAAUGGCAAAAAUGGUAAUGAAAAUAAUAGAAAUAAAAAUAACAAUAAUGAAAAUGGUGGUGGAGGUAACAAUGGAAACAAUAGUAACAAUAGAGGAAAUGGAAACUAUCAAAAUAAAAACUAUGGUUGUAGACCACCUAUGACCAUUGAAAUGUAUAAACAGUUGGAUUUCAGUGGGAUAGUUGGAUAUCUGAAUCAGAUUUCAAGUGAUUUAAGGUCAGCCAUCCCUAAGUUCAUAGGCAAUGGAACUGAUUCUGCAGAACAACAUGUAGCAAGAAUGGAAGCUCUAGAUGUAGCACGGAUUGAGCCAUUGGUUCUUGUAGCAAACAUUCAAAGGGUAAAUCCUCAGGGAAAGGAUGGACGGGAUCAACCUAUACAGUUGUGGGUGUCAUUGUGGGAUUCGAGGUAUGAUAAAUCUCACUAUGUAAGAUUUGAUGAAUUUUUUGUUAAACCAUUGUUCAAGUUAGAAGAACUUGCAAAUGUUGUUGAUGACUUGGAAACAAUAUUGGAAGAAAGGAAGCGAAGACUUGGGGGUCUGGAAGGAGAAGAAGAACAGGAUGUGGAAAGUGAUCCUGGAGAGAAUGAAAUAGUUUCUAAGCUUCAAGUACUAGAAAAAGAAGAUGAACUAGAUGCUCAAGACAAAAUCGUAGCAACAUUGAAUAUAGAUUCGGAUGCUAGGCUAGAUGAGCAUACAUCUUUUGUAUCAGAUGAUGAAUUUGUUAAGUCAAAGGAGUUUAAGUCCUUUUUGUAUCAUUUUAAAGGAAAGAAAUUAAGAGAUGCAAUGCCAGAUGUGACACCAGAGAAUGAGGCAGAAAUGCUCAGGAAGAUGAAGGCAGAAAUUAAUUUUGAGUUAGAACAUGACCCCUCAAAGGGGAAGACAACUUCUUGUAGAGAGUUGGAGGCACAAAAGAUAUAUUAUGAAAAAAAAAUUGCAAACGAGUUUGUUGCUAAAGAGAAAUGGCUUGCUGCUAAAGAGGAACAACUUGUUGCUAAAGAUGAGGAAAUGAAAACACUGGAAGAUGUAACAAGAGCAUUCGAGAAAUUUGUUGAUGGGGUAAACAAUGCUAAUGUUGUUGUCAAGGAAGAAUUUGUUGCAAGAGAAAAGAUUAUGAGCAUGUUUCUUUCCAAGGUACAAGAGUCAACAGCUCAAUUAGCCCCUCCCAUCUCAGAUCAGCCUGCGAAUGUAAAUUUAUUACAUUUAGUUAUGGAAGAAUAUUGGUUACGACAAAUUGUAUGUCAACCAAAAAGUCAAGUUUACUGUGUUAAAUUUGACGCUCGUCUAGCUGUCAUGAAAAUGUCAUCCCUUUGCGUGGCAUCCGUAAUGUACGGACAGGCUGAUGUGGCAGAUGAUUGUGCAAGCCGUACAGAUGACGUGGCGCGGUGA